UCAGUCACUGAUUUUUUUUUUAAAAAAUCUAUGAACUUCUAUUUCCGAUUUCUGCUUCUAUUUCGUUGUGUUUAGUUUUAAUUCGAUUCUGGGUAUCACCAAUUUUCGUGUUUUUUCAUAUAUAUGUAUUUGGAUUUGUUAUUAAGUGCUUGGAUUUGGAGAGGUUUGAAGAAAGACCCGAAAUUUGGAAGAAAAAGAAGAACCCCAUGAUGCAACGGUUGGUUGAUAACGUUCUCGCUGUCGUUAAAGAUGCAGGUCGGUGAAGACAGUUACUUAUGAGUCCUUGAAUAAUAUUGUGAGGCUAAUCAAUGGUGUAUCAGCCCUUUUGUUGGCAUUGCUACCUGGGAAAGCUAAUAUACUUGAAGGUAUUCAUGGUUGGGAACUCAGGCCAACUUUCCGGGGACCGCGAUUUCCGCGUUGGAUGGAGAAUGGCGUGUCCUCUUUCAACCAGUUCAUCCAUGAACUUUCUGUGGAUUCUGAUAAUUCAAGCCCUGAAUACUCAUCCGGAGAAGAAGAUAGUGAUAGUAGAUAUGAUACUCCCGCAUCUCCUGCAUCUCAAAGUUCUAGAGCCUCUGAAGCUGGUUUUACCAAGUACAGUAGGCAUAGGAUGGAUUGGGUCCAGUAUAUCUUACUUUGGAUUUUGUUUCCUGUAAAGUUUGUGCUGGGAAUUCCACUUCGUCUUUUCCUGUUAGCUUAUUCUGGGGUGUCAAAAGCCCUGUCUGUCUCUGGACAGACACACCCUUCACGUUUAAAUACACAUAAGAGGGUGCAAAGCCUCAAGGACCACAUUAUCCACCGUGCUACCGAUAGGAGAAGAGGAGUUGUAGAGGAUCUUCAUCUAGGCAUUGAGAUAUGUAUUGAAGCUGUCUUUGAUGUUUUUCACAAGGCAGCACAUCUUCUUCUUUCUCCAACAGAAGCUUUUGGGAAAUUAUUCGGGUUGUUUUCAUCUCAUGAAAGUGGCAUCAAAGAAGAUAGUGAUGAUGUUGUGGAUGCCUCCAUUUCUACAGCUACAGUUGGAGAAAAUGACCCAACACCUACAGAGAGGAAAACCAACUACCAGUCUCUGAAUACAGAUGCCCGGACAUGUCAGGAUGUCAUAACAGAUCUUGGGUAUCCAUAUGAAGCUAUUCAUGUGAUCACUGCUGAUGGAUAUAUUCUUCUUUUGGAAAGAAUACCUAGGCGAGAUUCAAGAAAAGCUGUUUAUCUUCAGCAUGGGGUUUUCGAUUCAUCAAUGGGUUGGGUAUCCAAUGGUGUUGUUGGCUCUCCAGCUUUUGCAGCCUAUGAUCAAGGGUAUGAUGUAUUUCUGGGGAAUUUUCGUGGUUUGGUUUCUAGGGAACAUGUCAACAAGAACAUUUCAUCACGUCAAUACUGGCGGUACUCCAUCAAUGAGCACGGGACUGAGGAUAUUCCUGCUAUGAUAGAGAAGAUUCAUGAAGUAAAAACUGCUGAAUUGAGGCUUAGUAAACCUGAUAUUGAGGAUGAAACUAAUGAUGAUCAGCUUUACAAGCUUUGUGCAAUCUGCCAUAGUUUGGGAGGAGCUGCUAUAAUGAUGUAUGUUAUUACGCGAAGGAUAGAAGAGAAGCCCCAUAGACUUUCAAGAUUGGUUUUAUUAUCACCAGCCGGUUUUCAUGAUGACUCUAACAUAGUUUUUUCUGCUGUGGAGCUUCUAUUAUUUUCUCUGGCUCCUGUUUUGUCUCCUCUUGUGCCAGCCUUCUAUAUACCAACCAGAUUUUUUCGUAUGCUUGUCAACAAGUUAGCCCGGGAUCUGCAUAACCUACCUGCAGUUGGAGGACUAGUUCAAACUUUAAUGAGUUAUGUUGUUGGUGGAGACAGCUCGAAUUGGGUUGGAGUUUUAGGAUUACCACACUACAACAUGAAUGACAUGCCAGGAGUAUCUUUUCGUGUUGCUCUCCAUCUUGCACAGAUGAAGCAUACUGGAAAGUUUAGAAUGUUUGAUUAUGGGAGUGCAUCCGCAAAUAUGGAGGUGUAUGGUUCACCUGUGCCUUUGGACUUGGGUGAAUACUACGGCCUCAUUGACAUUCCUGUUGAUCUUGUUGCUGGACAGAAGGACAAAGUGAUAAGACCUUCAAUGGUGAAGAGACACUAUAAAUUGAUGAAGGGUGCUGGUGUUGAUGUUUCAUAUAAUGAGUUUGAAUAUGCCCAUUUGGACUUUACCUUCUCCCACCGUGAAGAACUCUUGUCAUAUGUUAUGUCACGCUUGUUGCUUGUGGAUCCCAAUCCAAAGCAUCAAGGGAAUAAAAGGGUUGCAAGGUCGAGGAGGAAAGGACAAGUUGCAGCUAGUGGGUAGAUACAUGGUUAAAUUAGUUAGUUCUUACUUGGUGAAGUACUUCUGCUAUUUCUUGCAAGAGUCACUGAGCUACAUGCUUGGUUGGAUGCAGUUACUUGUACUAGGGGUCAUCUUUUCCUGCAAUUGUUUUUCUUUUCUUUUGGGAGGAAAAAUAGACCUUAAAAAUAUGUUGAGAAUCUAUAUUGUAUAGUAGUGUUCUGAUUGUCAAAACGGAACCUGGAGAUUAGGUUAAUGUUGUAUCAUGAAUGUUGGUAGUUUGCUAGUUUUUUUUUUUUUUUCAAAAUUGGAUGUUUUCAUUGUAUUUGUUCAUGUUUACUGAAUGGAGUGAUAUUUCAAACA